AAUUAAACUUGCAAAUAAUUUAAUAUCUGAUUUGACGGUGGUGCAAAAUGUUCAUAAAUGGAUAAUUAUCCUGGAGUGCCCUCUUUUGGCCAAAGUAGAACGGUUGCAUAAAGUAGAAGUCAGUGAGCCACUACACUUCCUUAAACAGAUAGUUCAACUGUUUUUUAUACGAUUGUCCCAUACAGUUUCUAUGUUCAUUGAGGGAUAUUUUAGAUAAGACAGCCAACUUUACAAUGGCUGCAAUAGUGGCGUAAAGCAAGAAAAUAGACUUCAAGUAGGCCUAACUCCGGAGCUGCUUGUACAGUGACAUUAUUUUUCCAGGGGCUGCGAACAGAUUAGUUUUAUAGCUCUCUUAAUAAUUAUGGUUUGCACUUACAGAGCGUAUUUCAUCUCAUGGUCUCAAAGUUAUUUGCAGUGAACGAGUAAGCUCACAUCAGCCAUCACCAAUGAGUAACACCCACCUGGCCAUUUUGCACCAGAAUGUUCACCAAACAUGCGCCUCAGUGGAGACAGAGAGUACAUUUUCAGCCGAUCUCUGUAACCAAAUCUUAACGUCUUAACUUCUAGCUCGUUAGUCGAACCAUUAUUGAAGGUACUUUAGCAAGCUUUCACGCAGAAAUCAUGUGCAUGCGCGCACACACUAAGCCCUCCGGCACGUGCAGGAUAGUCUAGCCUACUGCCCGACCAGUAUAUUUUUAGUAAUAAUUGUUGGGGCCUAUAACUAUUCCAAAUACAACACUAACAUAACAGUGCCAAGAAUUAUUAGCUCUGUAUUUAUUUUUUUAAAUUUCCCGUUAUGCUUAAAUUGUUGACUUUAAUGUAGUUCCCCAGGGUGAAGUGGAGAGGCCACGAUGGCCCAAAUAAUGAACGUGCUCCAUAGAAUUAGCUGGUAAUGGUUUGUAGGGGGUUGCAACACGCUUAUUCAUGUGUCUAUGGUCAGUGCAAUCUGGAAGCUAACAAAAAUCAUUUCUAAUUAGAAAAAAGGGCACAGACAGCAUCUUGCUGGACAGAAGAAGAAAAGGUUCUUGAAGUCUAGUAAAGACAUGGUGGAUUAUUAUCACGUGCUGGGAGUACCGCGAAAUGCCUCCUCGGAAGAUAUAAAAAAGGCGUAUAGGAAGCUAGCCCUACAGUAUCACCCAGACAAGAAUCCAGAUAGUAAGGAGGAAGCGGAAAGGAAGUUCAAGGAGAUCGCAGAGGCCUACGAAGUUCUGUCUGACAGUUCAAGGCGAGACGCUUACGACCACGGCGGCAGCCGUGGAAACCGUAGCACAGGCAUCGGGGGCUCCUCCGCACAGAGGGAUUUCUGGGAUACGCCUUUCCGCAACCCGGACGACGUGUUUCGGGAUAUUUUCGGGGAUGACUUUGUUUUCGGUGGCGGGAUGAACGACAGGGCCUGGGGAAGUUCUUACAGCUCGCAGCCUGGGACAAGCUCCUUCUUUUCCUCCCCCUCCACCAGAGAUGACUCUGAUUUCGGUGGCGGGAGGAACGGCUGGACCUGGGGAAGUUCUUACAGCUCGCAGCCUGGGACAAGCUCCUUUUCCUCCCCCUCCACCGGAGGUAAAACAAGCUUCUUCCAAUCAAUGAGAGGACUGGCAAAUACUUUAUUUGGAGUUGGGAUGAGAUCCACCUCCGUCACCACCUGCACAAGAACCGUCAAUGGAAGAAGCAUAACCACCAAAACAGUGAAGGAAAAUGGCCAGGAGAGAACCGAGAUUGUGGAGGAUGGAGUCUUGAAGACCGUGCUGAUCAAUGGCGUGGAGGACCCGGCGGCCCUCGACGUCGCGCGCGGCCGGUGGCCAGGCCAGGGCCCGGCGGUACGGCGGCAGCAGCAGCAGCAGCGCGACAACAGGAAGAGGAAGUUCAAGGACGGGCAGGACCCAGGGACCCCCGUGCGGCAGCAGGGGGCGGCGGCCGCCGAUUUGAACACAGGUCUGAGUAGAGGGGCAAACAAGUCUACGUGGCGUACAAAGGAAGCAUAACAUCUUCUCCUUCCACACACCCCCCCCCCCCCAACACUGUGAAAUGAUCAACUUUUGAGUUGCUUCUGUUUGCCCCCCCACCCACGUCUGGCCUGUUUCUGUCAUGGCGCCUGGCUGACUUUGCCCGUGUCAGACCGGCUGGUGCCUAUCACAUCACUAUGACAUCACAUCACUAUGACGAUAAAGGAGAGUAAAGUUCAAGGGAAGGAGGGCUGCUUAGCAACCAAACAGAACGGGUAUUUUUUUUAUUUUCUGAAAUGAGAAUCUUGUGAAUGUCCAUUACGCCUUCUUCUUUAAAGUGAAUAUCAGUGAAAAGACCUUUCAAAAAAUUUGUGUUUGUGUUUAGACGUGUGUGAAGGUAGAACUUGUGCCUCGUGUCAGUGAAUUCAUUACUGACUCAUUGUGUGACAUCAGAAUUAAAAUGUUUACUUUCAAAAACCUGUGUGGCUGCUGUCGACUUACAUCUGCAUGGCUCAGUCUGGUUCAGGCGUGACCAUAAGAGGAACACACACUGCUUAAUCUAAGUAGUACCUGUCCCUGCCCUGUUUCGCCCUCCUAUUCAUUCAUCGGCAUUCCAACAGAAUACUUUCCAACAGAACCUGCUUCAUUACAUUACAUUACAUUACAUUACAGGCAUUUGGCAGACGCCCUUAUCCAGAGCGACGUACAACAAGUUGUAUAACCAAAACCAGGAACAAGUGUGUUGAAAACCCUAGAGCGAAGUACUUCCUCCCACACACUCUUUGAAUCCUGUUGUUUGCGUUUUGAUUCCUUUUCUCCCUGAUCUGUCUCUUUCUCUUUCACCCUCCCUGCAAUCUCAAGGUUUCAUUGACCGAUUCGCCCCCCUGGAGGUAAAAAGAAGCCCGGCCUAUGGCUGCAGGCUUUCCUGCCUUUGCGUGUGCAUCGAUUCAAAGCUGUCCAAUCGGCUCCCUCGUCCUUGGACCUUUUGUCUCCUCGCUUUUGUCUCCACACGAGAAAAAAAAAUACACGUGAAAAAUAAUGGAAAUAAAAACUACAAGAAAGAUGUGUGAAAAUGGAAAAAUAUGGAAUGUAAUUUAUGGGAGACAAAAAAAAAAGGUACUGGGCUGUUUGUUGUGCACUGACCCAGAUAUAUCAGCAUCCAACAAGAAACAUGCACGCCUGCACUGUUUGAGAAGCAGAUUCAGAUUUUGUUUAUUUAUUUAUUCUAAAUAAAGUGAUUGGUGAGAAAUUUUUUUAGCGGAAUUUCAUUUUAUUUUCUUGUCCUCGAAACUGAUGUUAGUUUUUGUUUUCUCCUGGAUACAUGUCUGGGGUUUUCUCCACCUUGCUGCACAUCCUGAGAACCACAGUGAGAGUUCAGGAUGUUCACAUUGCACCUCAAAGUCACGUGGGCCUCACAAACACCUGCGCUCCUUUGCUAUUAUUGGCUGCGAUUGGCUGAGAAGGAGAGCAGUCUAAUCAAUUCCACGGUAUGCACUGCGGCCCUGUACUUUGUGCCUUGUGUCCACACACGCUCCCAAGUGUGCGUGCCUGCCGAUUACCUCUCCCAGCUUCAUUUAGGAAAAUGUGGAUAAUUAAAGAACUGGUCAUUGCAUGUGGUAUGAGAGAAAGACUUCAGUGGAGGUAUGAAGAAGGGAUGAGUGAAGGAAAGAAAAAGAAAAUGUGGCUGUGAAGACCUGGCACUCCUCAUGCCUGUACUGUAAGGACAUACUGCAGUUGUCUAAUGUCGUUGUAUGGAUACUUUUCUACUUCAAAGCGUGUAAGUGUACACAUUGAUGUGUUUUGCAAAUUAAAGCAUUUUGAAUGAUAA